AUGGCGACUCCAAAGAAAUAUACAAAGGCUAUCACGCAAGUCCCCUUAGCUUUAACAUACGAACCCAAAAUAUUACCCCCGCUUCAGCUCCUCCCGCAAACAUCCAAGACUCCUAUCCCCAUUAAUCAAACUACCGCUCAUAAACUGGCAUCUUUGCUUCAAGAAGUUGCAUCCAUAAUGGACACAAUUACCGGAGAAAAGAUGAUGUGCGGCGAGGAGUUGGAUGGUUUGGAGGGAGAUGUACUUGGUGGAUUGACAGAAAUGGUAUUAAUCAUGGAAGAGGAAGUCGAGGAAAUGGUUCAGUUGGCUGAUGCGGUAGAAGAAUAUGUGGAAGAGUUGGAGUUAGCAGAAUUAGAUGAGUGGGUUGCUGCUCUAGCUACCUCAAAGGACAGUGAUGGAACUAAUGUAGGAGAGGGGUGUUGGACGUCUCAGGGUAAUGAAGCAAAGGGGUGGGGAAUGGAGCAGGAAAGUAUAGCACUAGGGGAUGGCAAAGAGAGCAUUAGGAUUGGAUUAGACGACAAGGUAAUAAGACAUAUAAGCUUAGGCGGAUUGCUGGAAGAACUCGAGGAAGAUGUUUUAGGAUGGAAAGUGAGGGGAUUGUCCGUAAACUCUGACAACUAUGGAUCUGGCGAACCAUCAGAGGUUGUUAUUGAAGCAGGAGUUUCUGUGCCAAUCACCAACUACAGGAAGGAUGAAGUAGUCAGAAAAACCGUCAUUUCGCUAUCUCCGAGGAAGAAAGAUAUGGAAACGAAAUUUAGAGACUCUGGAUUAGGACUCAUGAGCCCUGCUGGACUUAUGAGAAGUCCAAUCAAGAAGGAACCUAAAGUUGUUAUGAAGUCAAGUCCAAUUGGAUUGAGAACUGGCCUUGGUUCCAUCAGGAGGAAGAAAACUGUCAAGAAGCCGCAGUGGGUUUGA